UUUCAUGGCAAUUCUAUUUGCUUUGGCUUCAGGCUGGUCUCCGGCUCCAAAGUGAGCUUUCCUCAGCAUGGGGUGUUUCACCGAGCUACUCCUGACCCAUGCAGUGGUGACGAAGGUUGUGGCGGUAAAUUUCAAUAUCCAAAGUCAAAGCGAAUAUGGGAACCACAUAAGUUAUGGAUCCCUUGCUCAGGGCCUUUGUGUGGAUAUUGUGAGCUCAGAUCCUUUGUGCACUGUGACACAGGAUUGCUCAGCAAUGAGCACCUAUCAGUGUGAUUCGAUCACUUCAAGCAUUCAAGUGGAUGCGGAUGGAGUGAUAAGCAUGUACUUCAAUGCCAGAGUGACCUCUCCUUUGGAGCAAUGCGGAGAGGGUAGCUGCCCUGGAUGCACUGCCUACAAGAGCUGCGUUGGGCCAAUGGUCCAAACGGAUGAGCAGAUCCUUGCCGCAGGGGAUUGCAUUCUGUGGGAGUAUGAAACUGAAGGCAGUUCUGAUGCCUAUGAGAUCUUGGUCGUUGUCUUCGGCCCCUCGGGAUCCCUCGUGACUUAUGACUUUCGACGAGCUUCAAGUCGAUUUGAUAGCUUGGAUUGGUCCUUCAAUCAGCUGGAAGUGUUAGCCUCAGGCAGCUAUUUCAUGCGCUUCUUCCUAGCUUCCUUUGAUGCUACAGGUGGUGGAGCACUUGGAGCCCGCAUGGGUGUCCGCAACAUUCGGUCGCAGGUCCCAUGCCUAGAUGCUGAAACCCUGCAGGCCGGGCCAGUAGAGACAACAACAUCAACAACGGGGACUAUGAGCGUCACCAUGUCAACUUCUUCAACAAUGACUAUGUCCACCACAACAUUCAGCUCUUCAACAUAUUCCAGCACAACGACUUCCAGAACCAGAAGCAGUACUAUCUCUUCAACUUCCUCAACUUCCUCGACCAGUUCAAGAACCUCUGUAACCACAAUGACCACUACCACCACAACGACCACUGCCAUCACAAUGACACUCAGCUCUUCUUUAACAUAUUCCAGCACACAAACUUCCAGAACCACUAUCUCUUCAACUUCCUCAACCAGCUCAAGAACCUCUGUAACCAGCAGCACUGCCUCCCUUACUUGGCUCACUUCAACAGCGACCACCACCUUGACCACUGCCACACUCGGGUCCUUUUCAGCAUUCUUCGGCGGAGAGCCCUCCAGAACCAGCACCAGUACGUCUUCUACCACUUGGAUGCACAAUACUUCAACUUCAAGCAGUCUGACAGCCGCUCUUGACCCAAUUUCUGCUUCAAUCACAUCGCUUUCAAUUGUGUCAAUGUCCACUUCGACCACAUUUUUGGAAGCGGCGGUGAGAGAUUCGGCAACUGUGGACGAGAGGUCGACAACAAGUACUUUCUUCGCAGAUACUACAAUUCAUUUGCCCUGCAACUUCAGGACCUCAACAUUUCUGGCCAGCUUUGACCACCCAGGUUUCUGGUUCGUCCUGGGCGCUGUGGUGAUCCUUAGUGGCUUGGUGAUCCUUAGUGGCUGCCGUCCGAAGGCAACUCUGACUCAAGAAGCUGAGACCCAGACAGAUGCGCCAGGUGCCCCGCCAGGAGAUCUGCGAGGUGCAGAAGUGAACUUUGAGAGUGUGGUCGAGGCAGAUGUUUUCCGAAGUUUCUUCUCGGGUGAGACCCAAGGCCGCCAAGACCCUAAGGGCAAAAAGUCAAGGCUGUUGGAUGCAGAGACCUGGGACAGGAAACUGCAAAAGGCGCUUGCUAAUGGCCACUGUGUUGACGACGACGCAGAGUUUGGGCUCUCCCCAGUUUGUGGCAAAGCAACCUUGAUGCCCGACUCUAGGUUUCAUGAUAGUUCAUUUCGUUUCACUCAAACUUGUUUUGGCAAGUGAAAGGGUUAGUAGUUAUAUAGUUGGCACUACCUGAACCCGGUUGACAUUUGGGUGUGGAGCCCUGAACUUGGAGGUUGCUGCGAGAG